AUGUCGACCAUCAAAAAGAAAGGCCCUUCCCAGGCCGAGAUCAUGAUCAAGGUCUGCAGUGAGAUUGUAGCUGAGCUCAUUCAGGCCCACGAUGCAGGCAAGGAUAUCAACCUUAACGGACUCAAGCAGCGCUACUCGCGCAAACACAAGGCUCAAAACCAGCCCAAGCUGGUCGAUAUCAUUGCUGCGAUCCCUGAGCAGUACAAAGCAGUCCUCUUGCCCAACCUUAAGGCCAAGCCCGUCAGAACUGCAUCAGGAAUCGCCGUUGUUGCUGUGAUGUGCAAGCCUCACAGAUGUCCCCAUAUCGCCAUGACAGGAAACAUUUGCGUGUACUGUCCUGGUGGCCCUGAUUCGGAUUUCGAGUACUCGACACAGUCAUACACAGGAUACGAGCCUACCAGUAUGCGUGCCAUUCGCGCCCGCUACAACCCUUUCGAGCAGUCAAGAGGUCGUCAGGAUCAGCUCAAGGCAUUGGGUCACAGCGUGGACAAGGUCGAAUAUAUCGUCAUGGGAGGCACGUUCAUGUCAUUGCCCGAGGACUACAGGGACUGGUUCAUCAGCAACUUGCACGACUCUCUCUCUGGACACUCGAGUAACGAUGUCGAUGAGGCCGUUAGGAUGUCGGAGGUCAGCCCCACAAAGUGUAUCGGUAUUACAAUCGAGACUCGCCCAGACUACUGUCUAAAGCCACACUUGAGUCAAAUGCUCAGGUAUGGAUGCACGAGACUGGAAAUUGGAGUGCAGAGUGUGUACGAGGAUGUGGCUCGCGACACCAACCGUGGACAUACCGUCAAGGCCGUUACAGAGUCGUUCCAGCUGGCCAAGGAUGCAGGAUUUAAAGUAGUGGCUCACAUGAUGCCCGAUCUCCCUAACGUCGGUAUGGAACGUGAUAUGGACCAGUUCAAGGAGUACUUUGAGAACCCUGCCUUCCGAUCGGACGGUUUGAAGCUCUACCCUACACUCGUCAUUCGUGGAACAGGACUUUAUGAGCUCUGGAGGACAGGACGGUACAAGAACUAUACACCCAACGCACUUGUGGACUUGGUCGCCAGGAUAUUGGCUCUUGUGCCUCCAUGGACUCGUGUCUACAGAGUUCAGCGUGAUAUCCCUAUGCCUCUGGUCACCUCUGGUGUUGAGCAUGGAAACCUCCGCGAGUUGGCGCUUCAGAGGAUGAAGGAUCUGGGGACAGAGUGCAGAGAUGUCCGCACGCGUGAGGUCGGUAUUGUCGAUAUCCACAACAAGGUCAAGCCCGAUCAGGUCGAGUUGAUCCGUCGUGACUAUACCGCCAAUGGAGGCUGGGAGACCUUUUUGAGUUAUGAGGAUCCCGAGCAGGAUAUCUUGAUUGGACUGUUGAGAUUGAGAAAGUGCUCGCCCCUGGCUUUCCGCCCCGAGUUGACCAAGGCAGGCCCUACAUCGAUUGUGCGUGAAUUGCACGUCUAUGGUUCUGUGGUCCCUGUGCAUUCCCGGGAUCCCUCCAAGUUCCAGCAUCAGGGUUAUGGUACUCUGCUGAUGGAGGAGGCCGAGAGGAUUGCAAGGGAGGAGCAUGGAAGUGUCAAGCUGAGCGUUAUCAGUGGAGUCGGUGUCAGGAACUAUUACGCCAAGCUGGGCUACACUCUUGAUGGCCCUUACAUGUCCAAGAUGCUUGUCUAG